AUGGCCGAAACUGCCCCAAAAGUCGCUGCAGAGGAGCGUCGCGAGUCCCUCGCUGCCGUCGAUCGGGAAGCAGAUGCCCUGGCAAAACAAAUCAAAAAAGCAAGCACUUUAUCGUUUUCACUGGUGCAGGCGUCUCUACAUCCGCUGUGUACAGGAAUUCCUGACUUUCGUGGCCCUGGUGGCAACUGGACUUUGCGCGCCCAAGGCAAGCCACGCACUAAGCACGCAAACGCCCUACAAGCCAUCCCAACAUUAUCUCAUAUGGCACUCGUAGAACUGCAAAACCGUGGUAUUCUAAAGCUUCUUGAGAGAAUCGCCGAACUCCAUGGGAACAGCAACCGUGAAGCUUGCAAGGAUUGUAACAAAGAGUAUAUGCGAGACUUCCGUGCUGUCUCAACCUACAAGAAUGGCAUCCACGACCAUCGAACGGGUCGCAAGUGCGCACGUUGUGGCGGAACCCUUGUUGACAGCAUUAUCAAUUUUGGCGAGAACCUCCCAAAACGAGACUUAGAUCUAGCUUACCAACAUGCGGAGCUGGCCGAUCUCUGUCUCGUGCUGGGGUCCUCCGUGACAAUCACCCCAGCCUGCAUCACCCCAGCCUGCACUAUCCCCACGAUAGUCGGGGAGCGCAAAGGCGCGAAACUCGCCGUUUGCAAUCUACAAAAGACGCCAGUAGAUGGUAUCACCGAUUAUCGCAUCUUCACCGAAACGGACAUUUUGAUGGCCAAGCUCAUGGAGAAGUUAGAUCUGCCCAUACCGCCAUUCAUCCUGCGACGACGUCUUAUAGUCAAAGUUGAGACGCAGGAAGAAGAUAGGCGUAAAGUGGAAGUCACUGGGGUUGAUAGCGAUGUCACUCCCGUUACUUUCCUUCAGUCUGUUAGGCUGGAAGGAAGCCGACGUAUUGCUCGUGCGGAACCAUACAUCAUUCAUGUUCGCGACGCGGUGAAGACAGGUGCAGAGAUGAAAUUUGACCUCGAGUUUAUGGGUCACUACAAUGAGCCCAACCUUGAGCUCGUGCACUCGUAUAAUGGCAACGAGGAAGUACUCUAUUUACUGGAGUAUAAUCCUGAGACUGGGGAGUGGACAAUCGAGAGACAAGAGACUCCAGAACGCGUUGUAGAAUGCAUAGUUUUAGACCCUUGA